AUGACCGUCCGAAGAUCCGAAUCUCUCAUGCUCAUUGGCUCCACUUCAAGACAGUCAAGUCACGUCAAUCCGUGGCUGUUGUCCCUACGACAUCGACGAGAGUGUUCGGUUGAGCUGUCCCGCCUCGCCUUCGAGUUGAUCUCGACAAACAUACACAUUCAUUCCUUUUCAAAAGACCGCGAGAACGAGAAGAACUCGUCGCAAUAUUUCACAGACAAGAUGAAGACAUCCAUCGCUUACAUCAUCGCCGCGGCCCUCUUCGGAGCUACGCAGGCUGCCAUCACCCCGAUGAACAACAUCAUUCGUCACGAGUACAACCUCAACGCCAGAGCCGGUGUUCACGGCAACAUUGAGAGGGACGUGCCCGCUGUUGCCGCCGAAGGCGAUGUUCUGCAGCCUAUUGUCUAA